GCCCCUUUCCUUCCCUUGCCACGACUCACCAGAUCAUACCACUGCCUAGCAUGGGCUGGUUUGGAGUCGCAACGCUGAUUGCAGCUGCAUGUUAUCUUAUUUACCGACAUCCGCCCGCUACCUGGGCGCCUCAGCCUCCGUCCGAGAAGACAUCCGCGAAACCGCCCACUACUGGGAGCACCAGGGACGCUGUAGAGUCUCUCGAGCCUGAUGUCCUCGUAGAGGAUACCCAAAGCACUCCCAAGGCUUCUGCGACGAACGUGCCCUCUAUUGAGAUACCAUCCUUACACCUGGACAACGAGACCAAACCUGUCGCGCAAAACGACCAUCAAUCCCGCCACAAUGGACCAAUAGACCCCUUAUCCCCUCCAUCGACAGCAACAGCAGCAACAUCCUCCCAACCCAAACCGAGCAAUGGAAGUCUCAUGCUUCCGCCACCGCUACCGGUUCCGCAACUCCUUCCCCCCUCCCCCCAACCUUCCGCGACAGCUUCAACUACUUCCUCCAAAACCACGUCCAUGCCUCCGCCACCCCUUCCCCGACUCCGCCCAAUCGCAGCCCAGCAGCAGCCACAGCAAUCACUAUCAUCCUCCCUGACCUCAGGACGCUACCCUCCGCGCCCAACAAACCCCGCCGCCGGCCCAGCAGGAUCCCUCCGCCCACCCCCAUCCGCCGCCUCCUCCCUCCGCGCGCCGCCGAGCCGCUCCUCCCCUUCCUCCCUCGCACCGACGAAGCUGAUCGCGAAGCCCCUCUCGUCCUCCGCGUCGAACAAGAACAAACACAUCCUCCAACCGGGGUACUCGCCGCUGGAUUGGGCCGCGUUGACGUCCAACCCGAACAACAACCUCCGGGGCAAGAACCUGCCGCCCACGCUGAUCCGGGUGACGCCGUCGAUGCUCAAGGCGCAGAACGGGCGCAAGGGGGCCGACGCGUGGACGUCCUACCAGGGGAAGGUGUACAACAUCACGCCGUAUCUGCCGUUCCACCCGGGCGGGAAAGGGGAGCUGCUGCGCGGGGUGGGCAAGGAUUCCGGGCAGCUGUUCAUGGAGAUUCAUCCGUGGGUGAAUUGGGAUGCGAUUCUUGGGGAGUGUUUGGUCGGAAUUUUGGUGGCGGAGACGGAGGCAGAGAGUUCUGGAGGGGGGAAUGAGUUGGAUGCGAUGGAUUGAGUUGGUUGACUUGGGGGGGGGUUGACUGAUGUUGUGUUUAGCAGAUGAUACCCUAGAUUUGUGAUGUGAUAUACUU